GCGGAGUGAACUGAGGAGCAAGAUAAGAUUCACUGUCACGUUGAUAUAGCUCAUUGUGGCAUAGCAUACACGUUGCCUGAAGAGGUAGCUAGCUUGCUACUAAAGAGAUUCCUCACUUCGAAGGCGCCCAGGCAAUCUCUUCGGAUUUUAUUGCUAACCACUGCAAGGUCUACCCCAGCAAUCUUGGCUUAACAUUAGCUGCGCGGUGCUAUAUCUCGUCACAACUGCAUCCAAAAACGGUUUAAAAUCCAAAAAACUACUUCAUUGCGUCUCUGGGCAACCAGCAGUGUGUUUAUGUCUUUGUUUUACGAAAACGGUGAGUACCCGGACGACAGGAGCCACGGAUGGGAAAGAGCUGUUGUGCAGCUGUCGGAACCUGUGUGGAGGAAACUUAGCCCACCAGCAACGAGCCUGGAGCCUCAGUGGCAAGACCUUUUUCAUGUCAGAGACCGAGUCCUCUUGCAGUCGUUUAUGUCAUCCCCCCCUCUCCAGGCAGACAAUACCAAGAAUUGCCAAUUCAAGAUCUUUUCGUCUUGCUGAUAGAACCAACAAGAGGACAAAAUGUCUGUCAACGUCAACCGCAGCGUGUCAGACCAGUUCUACCGCUACAAGAUGCCCCGUCUGAUAGCAAAGGUGGAAGGCAAAGGUAACGGGAUAAAGACUGUCAUAGUCAACAUGGUUGAUGUCGCCAAGGCUUUGAACAGGCCCCCAACGUAUCCGACCAAGUUUUUUGGUUGUGAGUUGGGGGCUCAGACCCAGUUUGAUUCUAAGAAUGACCGUUACAUUGUCAAUGGAUCCCACGAGGCCAACAAGCUGCAAGACAUGCUGGAUGGAUUUAUCCGGAAAUUUGUGCUGUGUCCAGAGUGUGAUAAUCCGGAAACAGAUCUGCACAUCAAUGCUAAGAAGCAAACCAUUGGGAACUCCUGCAAGGCCUGUGGCUACCGGGGCAUGCUGGAUACACGACACAAGCUCUGCACCUUCAUUCUGAAGAAUCCACCAGAGAAUGAAAGUGUGUAUGUGAAAAAGGAAAAGAAGAGCCGCAAGAAGGACAAGGAGAACGGCUCGGGUAGUGGGGAAGCAGGGAACCGCGAUGACAUUGAUGCACCUGAUGCAGUGGAUGGGGAUGAUGAUGACGAGGACUGGGCAGAGGAGACCACUGAGGAGGCCCAGCGCCGGCGCAUGGAGGAGAUCAGCGAGCACGCAAAGAACCUCACCCUCAGCGAGGACCUGGAGAAGACCUUGGAGGAGAGGGUGAACAUAUUCUACAACUUCGUCAAGCAAAAGAAAGAGGAGGGGGCGAUUGACUCUGCCGACAAGGAGAUCCUGGCCGAGGCGGAGCGGCUGGACGUGAAGGCCAUGGGCCCCCUGAUCCUCAGCGAGCUGCUCUUCGAUGAGAACAUCCGCGACCAGAUCAAGAAGUACAAGCGCCACUUCCUCCGCUUCUGCCACAACAACAAGAAGGCCCAGAAGUACCUCUUGGGAGGCUUUGAGUGUCUGGUGAAGCUGUUUCAGACGCAGUUGCUCCCUCGAGUUCCCGUCAUCCUCAAGGACCUGUACGAUGCUGACCUGCUUGAGGAGGACGUCAUACUUGCCUGGGCCGAGAAGGUCUCCAAGAAGUACGUCUCCAAGGAGCUGGCGAAGGAGAUCCACGGCAAGGCGGAACCUUUCAUCAAGUGGCUGAAGGAGGCCGAGGAGGAGAGUGAGGGCAGCGAGGAAGAGGAGGAGGAAGAUGAGGACAACGUGGAGGUUGUGUAUUCCUCUUCUGCUCGAGAAUUAAAAAUGGAGACUGUGACACCAGUGAAGGCUGACAAAGAAGAGGAGGACAUUGACAUUGAUGCCAUUUAAGCAACACACACACACACACACACACACGCACACUUACAAAAAAGAAACCGGAGAAAUUAAAAAGGUUCAAACAAAAGAUGCCUCUAAAUGCUCUCUGAAGCUUCUGUCAUGGAGAAGUCAGACGCAUGCCUUUGAUUCGUCUCUCUGCUCGAUCGCCGCUCCUCGUUGCAAUCAUGACGUAGCGCUUUGCGAAAGGCUUGUUAAUUUUUUUGCAUCACCUGCUCCUCCCCAUCCCGCCCCACCCUGGCCCUACUGAUUGACUUGAGCUGUUCUGCUGUUCAAUUUGUAGGUGUGGAAAUGCUAGAAACUAGAGCACUAAAUGCACAUGUAUUUUCUUUUUUUUCUUCUAUUGUGUUACCUUUUUGAAAUAUUAAUUAAAGAAUGUUUGACAUUAAGUGUUAAA